GAAAACCUAUUAUCAGCAAUGCAUAACUAAAAAGACAAGAAAAUAUCCAAAGAUCGCCGACGGGUACAUCGGCUCAAAACCAUUUCUAAAACGAUACACACCUAACGGAUUGAGAUAAGUUGAAUGUACAGGAGCGGUAAUUUGAUCGUUCCAAUAUUCAUUGGAAACUCAUAAUGGCCUUAUUAGAGAAUUCAAAUACAAUGUUUUUCGUGCUUUUGAUGCUUGGAAUGACAGGCAUCAAUUCAGUAAAAACUUACUCUGAUUUGGACAAAAGAUUCCCUGUCCUUGAUGAUGAACCAGAAUAUUAUGACAUGUAUUAUGACGUACCAUUUGAAUAUGGCCCAUAUGACGAUUAUACUGAUUUCGCAUCCCAUGAAACAACUAAUUCAAAAAAUAAGACUGGUGAUAAAAUUUUAAAUGAUGCUGGAGCCCCAGAUGAAAAUUUGAGGCCAGAAACGAAACCUGACACUACCGAAUUAUCCUCAACUAGUACACAUGCUGAUGGAAAGACUAACUCCUUCGCAGCAACAUCUCCAACAAUUUCGACUUCUCCAAAAUCUGCUACUACUACAAAUUCUUCUACAAGUGAUAAUACAACUGCAAGUAGCACCACAACAACUACAAGCACAACUCCAGCAACUACUAGUACCUCAAAGUCACCUACAACUUCUGCAAGCCAUGCAACUACUAGUUCUACAACUCCAGCAACUACUAGUACCUCACAGUCACCUACAACUUCUACAAGCAAUGCAACUACUAGUUCUACAACUCCAGCAACUACUAGUUCUACAACUCCAGCAACUACUAGUACCUCACAGUCACCAACAACUUCUACAAGCAAUGCAACUACUAGUUCUACAACUCCAGCUUCCACAAGUACCGAAUUAUCAUCUACAACAUCAAUUAGCAGUACACACACAACUGAGCACAGUAACACGACUACUGAAACUGCAUCCACACCAACUGAAAGCACAACUACCGUACACACUUCUGUUACACCCAGUUCCACUACGGCAGAGCCAUCAACUGAUACAUCAUCAACAAGCACAAUCCCACCUACGAAGAAGCCGCCUAUGCCUAAAAAUAUAAUUGCAGCGAUUGUGGUCUGUUGUGUUAUAGCAGUAGUAAUAAUUGCGAUAGCAGUUUACUACUUUGUGAGACGAAGGCGUGAAAGAUUAUUAUACGGUGACAGACAACCUUUAGCGACCGAUUCUUCGUAAUUUAUAUAAAUAAUGUUGUGUUUCUUUCCGCGUUUGAUGAAAUUAUAGAUUUUAUGUUGAUAUCGAUUAAUAUCUAUUUCUAUACAUUUUUAUGGAGAUUUGCUUCUUAAAAUCAAUAGCUUUUGAGAAUGCGCGCAUUUUUUAUACAUGUAAACAUUUAGUUUUGCUAUUUUUUUAGAAAUUUAAUUUCAGUAAGAAAUUAUAGAUAUGUAUAAAAUAAAAAUAAUUAGGUUUAUAUUAAAUUGAUUUUGUUCCUUUUUUAUAUAGUACUGUCUUCAGGUGAACUAGAGAUGAUAAAAACGCGUAGCUGAUUUGGAAUUCAUGGUACCAAUACAGAAUCUUCAUUCAACUGAAAAAAAGUUGGAUUUCAAAACAAAUACAGCAAAAAAA